AUGUCUGGUGGUAAAGGUAAAGCCGGUUCUUCUGAAAAAGCUUCAACUUCAAGAUCCGCUAAGGCUGGGUUAACUUUCCCAGUCGGUAGAGUUCAUAGAUUAUUAAGAAAAGGUAACUACGCUCAAAGAGUUGGGUCUGGUGCUCCAGUUUACUUAACUUCUGUUUUAGAAUAUUUAGCAGCUGAAAUUUUAGAAUUAGCUGGUAACGCUGCUAGAGAUAACAAGAAAUCUAGAAUUAUCCCAAGACAUUUACAAUUGGCUAUCAGAAAUGAUGAAGAAUUGAACAAGUUAUUAGGUCAUGUUACAAUUGCACAAGGUGGUGUUUUACCAAAUAUUCAUCAAAACUUAUUACCAAAAAAAUCAGCCAAAGGUAAAGCUUCUCAAGAAUUAUAA